AUGCUUUGGAAUUACGGAGUAGUCCUGGAUGCGGGCUCUUCCGGCACACGCGUCCACAUUUACAAAUGGCUGAAGAGCGAUAAGGCGCGCAAGAACCACGGCAGUCUGCACAAGCUACCGGAAGUUUCAACGGACAAGAAAUGGACCAAGAAGACCCACCCGGGCAUCUCGACCUUUGGCACGCAUCCCCAUGACGUCGGUCCCGAUCACCUCGAUGAACUGUUCAAGCAUGCGCUCAAAUACGUCCCGAAAGACGAAGUCGCGAAUACGCCCCUCUUCCUGCUCGCGACAGCCGGCAUGCGAAUACUGCCUGAUCUGCAGCGGAAAUCAGUGCUCGAGGAGGUGUGUGCUUAUGCAAGGAAGUCGACAAAGUUUCAGCUACCAGAUUGUGAUCUGCACGUUCAGGUUAUUCCGGGAGAGACGGAGGGCUUGUACGGGUGGAUAGCGGCAAAUUACUUGCUAGGAGGGUUCGAUGACCCGGAAGAACAUGACCAUGGGAAGAACCACCACACGUAUGGAUUCUUGGACAUGGGAGGAGCGUCAGCCCAGAUUGCCUUUGCGCCAAAUGAAACCGAAGCCGAACGACACGCGAACGAUCUUACCUUGUUGCGAUUACGGACGUUGAAUGGAACGCCGCUCGAAUACAAGGUGUUUGUAACAACAUGGCUUGGAUUUGGCGUGAACCAGGCGAGGCAAAGAUACGUCAUGCAAUUGUUGGAAUCGAGUAUCAACGCGAAAGAAUACCCAGACCCGUGCUUGCCGACCAACGCCGCAAUUAUGGUCAGCGACGACGGCAAGGUUAUUGAGUCUGGGUCGGGGAAGAAGGGCCACAAGCUGGUCGGCACGGGGGUGUUCACAGAAUGCCUCACUAAGUCGUUUCCACUGCUCGAAAAGGAGAAAGAAUGCCUAGACGCACCAUGCCUUAUCAACGGCCAACACACCCCAGCUAUCGACUUUGAUGUAAACCACUUCGUGGGCGUAUCCGAGUAUUACCACACCACGCACGAGAUCUUCAAAAUGGCGGCUAAGGACGAUGAAGAAUACGACUUCAAGACUUACCAAAAAGCCGUCGAUGAAUUCUGCAGCAAGAGCUGGAAAGACAUCGAGAAGGGUAUAAAGAACAAAACCUGGGGCAAGAUCGACGAGCAAACAGCGCAGGAAGUAUGCUUUAAAUCUUCAUGGCUUAUCAAUGUUCUCCACGACGGUAUCGGUGUACCUCGCGUCGGUUUAGAGAACCUCAACAACAAUGUCACCAAGGUUAAAGUCGGUGGCAAGCACGGUUCAAAGAAGGGCUUUAUCAACCCCUUCCAGGCUGUCAACAAGAUCAAUGAUGUGGAGGUUAGCUGGACGCUCGGCAAGAUGGUACUCUAUGCUGCUAGCGAAGUACCACCCAACACUACGGAUGCUUUGGCUGUAGGCUUCGGUGCAAACGUACCCGGCAUCCCUUCGAAUUUCCAGGUCCCGGGGGGCUCGCAUGUACCGUAUAUGAGUCAAGCAGAUUCGGAAUGGCAUGACCGCCUGUUCUCGGAGAAUUCGCGGCGCAUACCGGGCUUCUUGAUCUUCACCCUCAUCGUAGUGAUGAUCUGUUACUUCACCUGCUGCGGACGGGAGCGCCGCCACGCCGCACGUCAAAAGAUUGGCGACAUGCUUGGACGAGGUGGAUCUUCGGAUCGGCAAUCCGGUUCUCUCCUGCACCGACGUCGGCGUCCAUUCCUGGACAAAUUGUUCGGUCGCGGUGGCAACAUACAAUCCUACGAGCGCGUUCUGGAGGACGGUGACACGCCGAACGACUUCGAACUUGGGUCUUUCAUCUCUGAUGAUGAAGAGCACUCUGAUUCUAGCGAGGGAUCGGCGCGUCUAGGAAGAACUUCAGGCUGGGCGACGCCGCAACUCAAGGAGACUGGAACGCCAACAUUCGAUCCCUCAAGAGGCGACGUCGUGGCACAGGGUUCUGGGCUGGGACUUGCGCCGCCGGGUGUGUUUGCUAAUGCAAUCGACCGAGAUGGUCUGAUGAGCCGAACGGAUAGCAGAGAGCGGAUGGCUAGGAGUAGAGCAGGGAGCCCGAAACGAGGCAAAUUCGGGGUUCUCGAUGCGUGA